CAGAUCAUUAUGUCUUUUAUAUUCUUUUGUUAUUUAAUUUGUUGAAUCCAAUUUCCAACUACGAAUACACAUUGAUCAUUAUCUAUGGAUAAAGUUCCAGUGGAAUUGUGGAUGAAAAUCUUUUCAUCAUUAACAAAUAAUGAUUUAUUGUCAUUAAGAUUGGUCAAUCAUCAUUGUAAUGAUAUUGUUCUACAAUGUAUCCAACCUAUUAUCGUUUAUUUUCGUUACAUUACACCAGGAUCUAAAAAUUUCCAAGCAAUUCUACAGAAAGAUGAAUCAUUAAAUAAUUCAAAUAUUCAUUACAAAAUAUUUUAUAAUCAUUGGAAAAAAUUUCAAGAAUUUAGCAAGGUAUUUGAGAUUGAACAUUUGUGUAUAGAAAAUUUAGAAGAUCCAAUCUAUUGGAAAUCGAUUCUAGAAAAUGAUGAACUAUUUCAGACACAAUUGAAAACAAUUUUUAGUCAUCUUAAAUCAUUGCGAUUUAAAAAUUGUUUAAAUUUUGAAAUAUUAAAAAUUGGUUGGGAAAUUAUCGUGAAAACCGUGAAAAAAUUAUAUCUAAAUGAUUGUUUUUUAAUCAAUAAUAAUUUCGAUUAUUAUUCAACAGAAAAAAUUAAUUCAUCACUAAUCACAACACUCGAUCUACAAGGAAGUCGGUUGAAUGAUAAAAUCUUUUACAACAUAACCAAACAUUUAAAUCGAUUAAAACAUUUGAAUUGUGCCAAUACACGAAUGCGUUUCUAUUUUCAUCUCAUUCGACGUUCAUAUUUCUUAUUAACAUCAUUGAACAAUAUCGAUUUUCAACCUGUUACAACCUAUGCAUUCACAUAUUGUGCUCUUUCCUAUUAUUUGAACCAAAUUCAAAAUGAAUCAAAUUCAUAUUUGGAAGAGAUUCAAAUUGGACCAUUACUCAAUGUGGAAAAUCUAACCGAUUUGAUUAGUUGUUCUGGUUCAAAAAAUUUACGAAAAAUUCAUCUAUGGUUUUAUGAAAUGGAUUUCGAUGCAAGACGACAAGAAUUUGAAAAAAAUUUCAGUCAUUGUAUUGUAAAAAUUAUAUAUCAUCGUCUUCCAUGUGAUAUUCAAGUAAAAAUUUGA